GCCAUUUUGUAUUAAGAGAAAUAGUUUUGAAACCUAAAUUUCAAUCUGGGUAGUGUAGCAGCGUAGCCAUGUCCAGUGCAGCCGUGAAUUCAUUGCUGUACUCCGCAUGUGUGGCUUCUCAUGCGCACUUCUCCCGUCCUCUUCCUCCGAAGGCUUCCAAGCCAUUGGUAUUAUUCAGUUGGGGAAGCAAAAAUUCGUUCCCGAAGCUCAGCGAACAGUCCCGCCGAAGCUCCUACCUAACGGCGAAGACGGUGGCCAAGGCGUCGUCUGCUCAAAACGACGGUAUUGUACCAAAAAAUGACGACGAUCCUGAAGAUGGAGUCUCUUUAGGAACUAUGAAAUUGCCUCUGGACACUGAUUUCCAGAGGUUUGAACUUCUGCUCUUUCAGUGGGCCAACAGUCUAUGCCAAGGAGCUAAUCUGCCACUUCCUGUACCUUUGAAGAUUGAUAAAAUUGCUGGUGGAGCCAGACUGGGGUUCAUUACAAUUGAAGAUGGUGGUAAAACAGAGGUCCUUGUGUACAUUGAUUGCCUGGUAUUUCCAGCCACUGAGAGUUCAGGGCCACUCUUCCGAGCCAUAAGAAAUGGACCUAAGAAAGAUAACCCUCCUCCCGGGGAACCAAGAAUCAUGAGAAGUCUUCUUCAAGCCCUUCAAAAAUCUGUUGAAAUCGCUAGACUUUGAACUUCUACUACUACACUACUUGGUCUUGUAUUUUUUUUUAAAUCGUUAACAAUUGUUUCCUAUUUUUGUCAUCAUGCUACUGCUCUACAUACCUACAUAACAAAAUGUGCCAACUUUUAAUCUUAUGUUGUACGCUUGUUUUUCAGUGUUCUUUUGGUACUUAAAUGCCAAUAUAUGUAUAAAUUAAGUAAACUAAUUUGUAUACAUAACAAUUGGAAAUUCUUUUCCGAUUGUGUGAGAAUUAGGAAAUUUAACAUUUUUGUUA